GUCGUUCAAUUCAAUCCCAAUAGUUAGUCUCUUCCUCCCAAAAGAAAAAAAAAUUCCACACAACAAAACAUCCAAUCACUACCCCAUUUCCCUAUAUAAAUCUUGUGCCUUUUGUUCCAUGCACAACCAACCAACCCACAACCUAGAACAGCACAACAGAAUCAUUCCUCCACCUUCUCCAUCAUACAUUCAAACACUGAAUAGUGAAUACUACUACUACUACUGACAAGCAAAUAUACUCUGUUUUCCAAUCCUGUAUUCAUGGCUGACACUAAUGAAAUGAGCUCAGAACAACAACAGCACCAACGAUUCGGCCUGCCCGGGUUUCGGUUCCACCCGACGGAGGAAGAGCUGGUCGAAUUCUACCUCAAGAACAUGAUCUUCGGCAAGAAGCUCAGCCUCGACGUCAUCGGCUACCUCAACAUCUACCGCUACGAUCCCAGGGAGCUUCCCAGAUUGGCGAAGACAGAUGGGGAGAGGGAGUGGUAUUUCUAUGUCCCGAGGGACAGAAAGCACGGCAGCAAUGGUCGGCCAAAUCGGACGACGGAGAAAGGGUUCUGGAAAGCAACCGGGUCGGACCGGAAGAUAUGGCGGAUGUCGGAGCCCAAGAGGCAGAUUGGCCUGAGGAAGACUCUGGUUUUCUAUCAGGGCAGAGCUCCCAGAGGAACCAAGACCGAUUGGGUCAUGAACGAGUACCGCCUCCCUGAUUCCUCCCCUCUGCCCAAGGACAUAGUGUUGUGCAAGAUCUACAGAAAGGCAACUCCUUUGAGAGUCUUGGAACAGAGGGCAGGAAUGGAAGAACAGCAACAACAAUUCUUCAUGAACGAGACAACUUCAACAACAAUGGUGGACACUAAUAACUUUAAGACCAAUUUUAAUCAUACUCCAUUAUCAUCCUCAUCGUCCCCUUCAAUGGACACAGCUACCACCACCAUGUCCAUGUCGCCAGACCCAUGGGCCACCACAUCCGGCCCACUUCACGAGAUCCUUGGGCCGAUGCCGGCGGUCGGCCCAAACGGAUACAUGCCCUUCAUGAUGAAGACGGAAGCUGCUGAUCUUGCCACUAACUAUAAUGACGAUGGUUACUAUGGUGAUGAUGGGAUUGGGGACUACAAAACGGUGCCGUCUGCUGCGGACGUGGUUUCGGCUUCUUGCACAUUGCUGCAGCAGUUCCCGCCGCCGGCGGCCGGGGCAGAGGGGAAGGUGAUGAACCAUUGCAAGUUGCCGGAGCUUCAAGUGCCGAGCAAGCUGAGCGUAACAAUGGGGGAUUGGAGCCAGGACCCUUUCUGCUUGAUCAGCCCUUGGCUUCAUCAGAACUUGACCCCUUUGGCUACUCUCUUGAACUUGUAGAUUAAGUAUUUCCCUAGCUUAGAAGUAAUUAAUUAUCGUUAAUUAUGUUGAUUACAUAAACUGUAAUACUGUCUUUGGAUCAUGGGCUUUUUUGCCCCCCAAAACGCAGGCCCAAUAAUCUUGGGUCCUAUGAGUUGCGUUUAUUGAGGCCUAAGCCCAUAUUUCCAAGAUCAAAAAGAAAUGCAGAAUCUCAAUUCCUAGCUCAGUAUGAUUAAAGAAUCAAUGAUUAUGGAGGGC